AUGACUCCUAUGACUGAAGACAUGAACAGCACUAUGGGGGAAGAAUAUAACAUACAGCACUUGGUUAUUCAUGUUGCAGCAGGAAUUACAUUCACAGCAGGACUAAUGAUAAAUGGAUUUAUUGUUGCUGUGAAUGUCACUGACUGGAGGAAAGGAAGACCGGUGACCUCUACUGACCAGAUUCUCACCUCCCUCACAGUCACAAGGGUGUUCUAUCAUUCUGCCUGCCUGUUGGACAUCUUUCUUCAAAAUGUCUUUAUAGUUGUUAGUAUUGUACAUAACAUAAUUAUGUAUUAUAUUAUUGCAGUUUCCUUCUAUGCCGGCAUCUGGUUAGCAAACCUUCUCUCUGUUGUCUUCUGCCUGAAGAUCUGCAACUUCCACAAUGUCUUCUUCCUACGUCUGAAGAUUGUUAUAGUGCGGAAGGUCGCCCAUCUGAUCAUUGCUUGUGUGCUGGUGCCCAUUUGUUACAGUUCAUUCAAUUUUUUGAUCUUUGCAAUUGAAAUCCCAGAGAAUUCAGCAAACAAAUCAAAUAACUGGGAAAUAAACGAUAAAGCAUUUUUUAUAUUCUUAUUGUGGGAUAUUGUCCUGUUUCUCAUGUUCUUCAUAUCAUCAGUCCUUCUUAUUUCCUCUUUGUGUCAUCACAUUUAUAGAAUCAGAUGUGACAUAACUGUAACAGGACAACAGGACACUUAUUACAAGAAUAUAACGUUCUCAGCUUUUUCGUUUCUUACCUAUGGCCUUUGUGUCAUCGCUAUCAGGGAUCACUUGCUCUGCUAUGGUUCUAUCAGGGAUCACUUGCUCAUUUAG